AUGUUAAUAGUACACUUGCUGCUCUUCUGUGCUGCGUCACAACUUAUCAACAGUAGUCCAAUAAAAACGCGACAAACUCUUGGAGCUUGCCUUGACCCUCUGGGCGGUAGACGGAAGGUUGGUGAAGAAUGGGUAAGAUAACAUCCUAUUAUAUUUAAAAUUUAUUAAUAUUUAUAAAAUGCUUUUUUUAUAUUGUGUUGGUCAGAAAAUUUAUAGAAAGGUCAAUGAGAAGGCCAAAUUUUAAAACUUAGAAGUGUUCUAUGUACAAUAUGUUUGACUAGAACUCCAAUAGUUGUUUUGUACAGUAAUUGGUAGAUUAAACACCAAAUCGAUGUAGACCAUUCUAUGAUUACGAUAUUAACGUUUAUUUUUCUAAACUCACGUUCAGUAAUGUUCCACGUCUCUUUGUCCAAGGCCAUCUUAAACAUGUUAUCAAUCAACUUUCAGCAAUACGAUCGAAAGUUUGCACGUCGCUGUGUGGAGACAAAAAAUGGCUGGCGAAUUGAGACUUUUGCCUGUAUCUUGCCUAACGGAGAAUGGGUCAAGAUAGGCGAAAGUAGGAAUGGUGCUAACUGCGAGAGGGACGAGUACGGAGUGACCAAACUGUCGUUACCUUUUACUCUGAAGUGUGGCAGUAGAGAGAAUGGUAUGUUUAGCUAUAAUGUUGGAAAGAUUACGUUUUUUUAUGAAUUUUAAUUUUACUUUUCAGGAGAACAAUGGGACGAAGAAGAGUUCCGGAAAGAAUGUCACUAUGGUACCAUUAAGCCAGUUGGGUGCUACACUCGCUACAGACACCUAAUCCCAGCUAAUGGUGUAUGGGUGGAAAAGAACGUUACAUACAAGUACGUAUAUCUUUAAUUUUUUUAUAUGACUAUAUUCUAAUUUUUCGAUAAAAAAUGGAUUUGUUACCCAAAAAGCUAUUUCUUUCAGAUGAAUGACAACAUUAAUGAUAAAUGCUUACGUUAUUAGAAAUAUAAACGAAUUUUAGGUGCAUAUUAACAUCAAAAGGCUUAGCAAUGUCCAGCGAUUCGGUAAUGAGGUCACAGUAA